GGGACCGUCGCGGGUGUCGCCGCGUCCCCGCCGGGAUGAGCCAGCGCCACAGCCAGCGCCGCGGGCCCCGGGCCGACAUGGUGCCCGAGAUCGCCGCCGCCGUGGGCUUCGUGUCCGGCCUGCUGCGGACGCGGGGCUGCGUCAGCGAGCAGCAGCUGCAGGUCUUCAGCGGGGCGCUGCGGGAGGCGCUCACAGAGCACUACAGACACCACUGGUUCCCCGAGAAGCCCUCCAAAGGCUCCGGCUACCGCUGCAUCCGCGUCAACCAGAGGAUGGACCCUCUGCUGAGCCGCGCGGCGGGGCAGGGCGGGCUGGCCGUGCCCCAGCUGUUCCAGCUGCUGCCCCGCGAGCUCACGCUCUGGGUGGACCCCUACGAGGUGUCCUACAGGAUCGGCGAGGACGGCUCCAUCUGCGUCCUCUACCAGGCCGCCCGGCCCCACCACGCCAGCCCCUACGGAGGGAUGCUCACCUGCAAGAACCAGAUGAUGCUGGGCCGCAGCAGCCCUUCCAAAAACUACAUCAUGACUGUCUCCAGUUAAAAAAAAAGAAAAACAAAAAAAAAACCAAAAAGACGCCCCACACCCACCCCCACAAAACACGACAAAAAGAAAAAAAAAAAAAAAAUUUUUUUUUUUUUCCUCCUCCUCCUCCUCCUUGUCCUUACACUGCCGAGACACAGGCUACUGUAAUACCUCAAGCUGAGGAUCUAUUUUUGAGAUGAAGAGCUUAUUUAUAUUUUUUAAAAAAAAAAAAACCUCCAGAAAAUCCAAAAUUAAAAUUUCGGGCGCCGCUCUGAGCCGAGGCGACGCCCCAGGUGCCUUUUCUAAAGCUGUUGCAAGCUUGUGAGUUUCUCUUUUUUUUUUGUAUUAUUGUUAUUGUUAUUAUUGUGAAACUGAGAUCUGCCUGAUGGUGGUUUUGGGGCUGGCUUUGGAAUGGGGGAUGAGGGGGCGAAGCCAGGCUGGGCAGUGUGGCUGCCUUGUCACCUUGUCACCACGCUGUUGUCACCUUUGCUGCUGGUGCUGCAUCUCCAGGUGUUGCAGUGCUGGGUUUGUGGCCUGGAUUUGGUGUCACUCAGGGCUGGGGACAUUGGGGACAUUGAGGUCACCCUCCUGGACGUGCUGCAGCUCUGCCCUGUCCCAACCCCUGGAAGGGCUCACCUGGCACCUGGAGCAUGGCAGAGACACCUGGCAGUGUCCCCAAGGUGACCCUGGUGGCACUGAGGGGACAUUCCUGCAGCUGUCACCACCCCAGACCAGGUGCCUUUUCUAAAGCUGUUGUGAGCUUAUUUCUCUCAUUAUUAUUAUUAUUAUUGUUAUUAUUAUUAUGAAGCUGAAAUCUACCUAAGGAUGAUUUUGGGGCUGGUUUUGGAAUGGGGGAUGAGGGGGUGAAGCCAGGCUGGGCAGUGUGGCUGCCGUGUCACCUUGUCACCACCCUGUUGUCACCAUUGCUGCAUCUCCAGGUGUUGUUGUAGUGCUGGAUUUGGUGUCACCUCAGGGCUGGGUGACCCUGGGGACAUUGGGAUGUCCCUCCUGGAUGUCCUGUCCCAACCCCUGGAAGGGCUCACCUGGCACCUGGAGCAGGGCAGAGACACCUGGCAGUGUCCCCAAGGUGACCCUGGUGGCACUGAGGGGACAUUCCUGCAGCUGCCACCACCCCAGACCAGGUGCCUUUUCUAAAGCUGUUGCAACCUCGUGAGUUUCCCUUUUUUUAUUGUUAUUACGAAGCUGAAAUCUG